AUGAAGUCGUCGCUGCGGAAGCUGCGCGGGUUCGCGCUGCAGCGCCACGAGCAGCGGGCGGACCGCCACCGCGACCACUCCACCGCCGCCAAGGCGGCCGACGAGCUCCUCGCCGCAGCGCAGGAUAUGGCGGAUAUGAGGAAUUGUUAUGAUAACCUGCUUUCUGUUGCGGCAGCAAUAGCAAACAGUUCAUAUGAAUUCUGUGAAGCACUGCAAGAAAUGGGAACUUGUUUAGUGAAGAGAGUCACACCAAAUAAAGAAGGAAUUAAUGAUAAGGUUUUGCUGUUGCUCGGGAAGUCGCAGUUUGAACUUCGGAAACUUGUAGAUAGUUAUCGUGUUCAUGUUCUUAAUACCAUUACCACUCCAUCACAGUCUCUUCUUAAUGAGCUUCAAACUGUAGAGGAAAUGAAGCGCCAGUGUGAUGAAAAAAGAGAUUUGUUCGAAUACAUGCUAAAUGCGCAGAAAGAGAAGGGGAGAUCUAGGAAUUCAAAAGGUGAUAAUAGUGCAUCCGAGCAACAAUUGAAACAAGCUCAGGAAGAUUAUCAAGAGGAAGCAACUCUUUUUCUAUUCCGGUUAAAGUCAUUGAAGCAAGGACAAUUCCGAAGUCUUUUCACACAAGCUGCUCGGCACCAUGCUGCGCAGCUAAAUUUGUUCAGAAAGGGCGUCAAGUCUCUUGAGGCUGUAGAGCCACACGUUAGGCUUGCUGCUGAGCAACAGCACAUUGAUCAUCAGUUCAGUGCACUUGAGGAGGAAGAUUACUCUGUUGAAGAUGAAAAUGAUGACGAUUACAAUGACAGUCAUGAUGGAGAGCUGUCUUUUGACUAUGGAGAAAAUAAGGAGGCUGCAGAAGCCGGUCAUGCUUCUAGGAGUCCUACAGAGGAAUUUUUUGAUAGAAGUAAAGGAGACUAUUCCUCUUUUGCUAGUGAAAGACAAAGACUUGUAAGUCAGUCAGCUCCACUUUUUCCUGAGAAAAAGCUUGAGACAGCAGAAAGAGUAAAGGAGUUGCGGCGUUCUGCAACGAGGAAAUUAAAUACUUACGUUUUGCCUACUCCAAAUGAUGUUCAAGCCAGUCCUCAGAUAGUUGCAGGAAAUCCUACGAGUGGAUCUCCUGUUGGGAGCAAAGGUGCAUUCCAUUCAUCCCCACUCAACCCAAGUAUAAAAGUGGGAGAUUUAAGAGACAAUAAGCUACCAAGUCCUGCCAGGUUAUCUAAUGCACAGUCAGUGCUGAAGGAAAGCAAUAUCAAUAAUGCAGAAAUAAGGACAAUGCUCCCAGCGAGUGAUCUGGCUCUACCAGGCUAUCAUGAGCUGAAGAUUUCUUCCGACAACAAAAAAACAAAGAGGGGGUCCUUUUCUGGUCCAAUUCCUCUCCGGCCAAGGUCAACGGAGAAUAUUGAUGUUAUGGCCGCAGCGCCAAGGCACAGCUCUGCACACCAGCCAACAGUUCACGUGAGAGUGUCCCCUAGUUCCUCGCCACCACCCUUAUCCUCCCCCAGAAUUAAGGAGCUUCAUGAGCUACCUCGACCGCCUACAAGCGCAUCAAGAAAUACAGCAUUUCCUAGUCUAGUCGCUCACUCUGCCCCAUUGGUACCAAAUUCUGCCCCUUUGGCACCUAGAGGCCACUCAGGGCAGGAUCAUUUUAAUUUUAGGGUUAGACAAACACCACCAAGUGCUCCACAAACUGCAUCGCCUCUACCAACACCACCUGGGCCUAUAGCCCGUAGUUUUUCUAUACCCUCUAGAGGCAUAAGAACAGGUAUUUCAGACGGUAAAGGUACAGAAGAUCAUCACGAUAAAGGGGCCGCCAGAAUGAGCCUAUCUUCUCUUCCUUCAGCUCAAACGGUCUUGGACGACCGUCAGCCUUUGUCAGCAGCUGCCGAGUCAGUUAAGAGAACAUAGGGGUAUUUGGUGAGAAUGUGGAAUUUUAUUAUAUACGAAGAUGCUUAUCUGAGAGGCUUGGCCAGUGCCUAUUCAUGGAAGAAUAUUGUACAUACUAGUAUGUGAAGCCGGCCCAUAUUGCAAAGUAGCUGGUGAUUCGUGUCACCCUAUGGUUGAGAAUGUAGUAGUGCAAAUAACAGAGUUGUGGAAUAAAAUCUCCAUUUUUCGCUCCGACCAAUCUAUUUGUUUGGCGCUUAGGUGUGCGUCCAUGCGUUCCUCUGUUCUCACGGUAAAGGACUUAUUGAGAGAAAUAUGAGGAACUUCAUGCUGACGGUAUUUGAGUUCA